AUGACUAAAAAUGUUGGUGCAGUUGUGGCUAGAUUUGAUUUAGCAAAAGAUAAAAACGCCACUCAGUCUUCGGUUCCACAAUGUAUGCCUCCCUGUGGCCCGGAAAAAGCUGUGGAUGGCGAUAGAAAUACGUGCAUGAGAACUUUCACUAUAGGCCCGACUGCUCCACAUAAAAUUGUAUCGUGGACCCUAGAUUUCGGUGGUUAUCGCAGUAUUUACAGCAUCAGUAUAGAUUUUAAGGACUAUGAAGGCUAUGAGAUGCGACAAAGAGGUCGUUUUGCGGGAUUUUCUGUUUAUAUAUCCAAAACACAUAACAUAGAGGACGGUUUACUUUGCUACAAGAACACACUUCCAUUACCUCCCUUAGAGUAUCAUACAAAAUGUAUUGGAUAUGGUCGUUACGUCAUCUAUUACAAUGAAAGACUGGACGGAGUUACCUACCCUGAAGGAUACGAGCCCUCCAUCACUGAGUUAUGUGAAGUAAAAGUGCAAGGUUGUUCUAAAGCAGGAGUGUAUGGAAGUAACUGCAGUGCGCCUUGUCCAGUCAAUUGUCUAGAACAGACAUGUAACAUUGUCAAUGGAACAUGUCUGGGAUGUGCAUCUGGAUACAUAGGACAAAUGUGCAAAGAUGAAUGUCAGUGGGGAUGGUAUGGUGCAGGGUGUAUCAGAAAAUGUACAGGACAUUGUGAAAGAAACAAUACUUGUAACCAUGUGACUGGUUACUGUGAAGCAGGUUGCGCAGCUGGAUGGAUGGGAAAACAAUGUGAUCAACGGGCGGUAUGA